AUGGUGAAUGAUAAUGUAGCUAAUUAUAAAGCUAUAUCAAAAAUGUUGAUGCAAAAGAGGAAGAAGUUAAUUUGGACACCAUAUGAAGCUCAUUGCAUUGACCUCAUGUCGGAGGAUUUUGAAAAAAGGAUUGAAGAACAUAAAGUGACAAUAACAAAAGGAAGAAAGAUAACAAAAUUCACACAAGGGAAAGAGCUCCUAAGGCCGGAAGCAACUCGAUUUGCUACUACUUAUCUUACACUUGGUCGGUUGCAUGAACUAAAAAGUGCAUUGAUCUCAUUUUUUACCUCAGAACAAUGGUUAACUACAAACUAUGAAAGAAUAGAUUUAGGUAAGAACAUUAAGGAUAUAGUUAUGGACACUUCAAGAUUUUGGCCAUCAGUUGCAGAUUGUCUUAGGGUCGCGCAUCCCAUAAUGAAGGCUCUUCGUAGUGUUGAUUCGUACUCUAAACCAGCUAUGGGGUUUAUUUACCAAGACAUGGUCUUUGUAAAGGAGAUUAAAGGAAGUUUUAAAGAUGUUGAAUCAGCUCCAUAUUUCUUUGUUUAUAUUUAUUGGUACAAACGUAUUUUUGAAAUUAUUGAUCAAAGAUGGUAUAAUCACCAAAAUAGGGCGAUCCAUGUGGCAGGUUAUUUCUUGAAUCCAAUGAUGCAAUAUAGCCAUGAUUUUGAGAAUACAGCUUGGACCAAGACUAGAUUGUAUAUGUGCCUUGAAAGAAUGUGUGGUGAUGACAACCUAACAAAGACGAUUGAACUUAAAUUUGAUCAAUUCACUAAUGCAAGAGGGAUUUUUGGUCUUAGUAUAGCCAAGCUAACAAGGAAGGAAAAAAGUUUGUUUGAUUGGUACAUUCUAAAAGAAGGAAUUGACUACAUCAACAAAGGAUGA